GCGUCGCACGCGCUCCACGCACCUGCGGAACUGUGGAUCCGGGUUCUUAGGGGGCUUUGGGGCGGUUCCCUGGAAUGACCAGAAGGGUGAGGCCUGAGAUUCCUCCGGCAAACGGUUCCGCGGUGGCCUGUGGGUUGGGGCCGAGGGUCGCGGUCUCUGAGACCACUGCGGCGGGCGGAUGUGCAGCUUCCGCCUCCAUACCUUAGUUGCGGGGGAGAAGGCAGGCCUCGCCUGGUUACUGGGAAGCGGGGUUGCCGGUGGUCAUGGAGUGGGACGGCUACCAGCCUCGAUUAGGGGUCCCCGCUUAGGGGUCCUGACAAGGUGGCCUCGGCCAUAGUGGGCGCCACCCAGCUUUCGCAUUCCCCUCUCGAUUCUCGAAGUUCAUAUCCCAAACUUGUGACUUCGGGAAGCUUUCCAGGGCCGCCGCUCCCCCUCACCCCCCGAGUUCGUACUAAAAGUCAAUUAUUUACCUGUAAGACACACACCCCCAUUGCCUGGGCCUCUCGGGGAAUAGAACGAUUGGAUCCAAGUAGUCCCCGGCUCCGGUGGAGACCGCCCCGGGAGGGUGUGGCUCCAGGUAGAGACCGGAAGGCCGCCCUGGUCUGCGCUGCUGGGCACCCGAGCACCCGGACCCCGCCCCCCGGCAUUGCGGGCCGCCCUGCCGCGAAGUCCACCUCCGCCCGAGCGGGAUGACUCGGAACCAGGCCCCUGCCUUUCCCAGAGCCCGGGCUUGCAGAGCGACUGAAACCGUUUGCCGACCGCAACGACGGGAUAAUUUGGGACACUUGUUGAAGAGUGCAAAUUCCUGAAUCUAGAUCGGGGAGAAGGGGGCCGUGGCAGGAAAUUGGGGAUCUGUAUUUUAACAAAGUACCUCAGGAGAUGCUUUUGUAUACGUGUUUUGGGGUCCGGAGAUAUGAGUUGGGAAGUGUAAGUUUCCCGGUUUGUGUCCGUAGUUCCUGUUGCAAAACGUUCCUGCAGAACUUCCAUGUAAAGGAACUUCGGGAAGUUUCGCUGGACACCGCUGAUAUUGGCAAACCCAGUGUCCUGGAUCUUCCAAGUUUCUGAGCAGGUUGAUUUCGAGGAGAAGUAAAGCUUGAAGAUGUAAAUGCCCUGACAAAUAUAAAGAGAUAUUUGGAAGGCACAAGGGAGGCGCUGCCACCAAAAAUCGAAUUUGUGAUUAUGCUCCAGAUUGAGGAGCCCAAGGUGAAAAUUGAUUUGCAAGUAACCAUGCCUCACAGCUAUCCCUAUGCAGCAUUGCAGCUGUUUGGAAGGUCCUCUGAGCUUGACAGACAACAGCAGCUACUUCUCAACAAAAGUCUCACUUCUUAUAUAGAGACUUUUGAUCCAGGUGAGCUCUGUGUAUGUGCAGCAAUCCAGUGGUUACAGGACAACAGUGCAUCCUAUUUCCUGAACCGAAAGCUCAUUUAUGAACCAUCUACACAAGCAAAGCCAGUCAAGAACACAUUUCUUCGAAUGUGGAUCUACAGUCACCAUAUAUAUCAGCAGGACUUAAGGAAAAAGAUUUUGGAAGUUGGAAAAAGGUUAGAUGUGACUGGAUUUUGCAUGACAGGAAAGCCUGGUAUAAUCUGUGUGGAGGGCUUCAAAGAGCAUUGUGAGGAAUUCUGGCACACAAUUAGGUAUCCCAAUUGGAAACACAUUUCCUGUAAGCAUGCUGAAAGUAUUGAAACUGAAGGAAAUGGAGAAGAUUUACGCCUUUUCCAUUCUUUUGAAGAAUUACCCCUUGAAGCCCAUGGUGACUAUGGAUUAAGGAAUGACUAUCACAUGAAUCUGGGUCAGUUCUUAGAAUUUCUCAAAAAGCAUAAAAGUGAGCAUGUUUUUCAGAUAUUAUUUGGUAUUGAAAGCAAAACUUCGGAGUCAUAGGAAGCUAUUAAGAGGCCUAAGUAAGUAUUUCUGUUAAAAGCAAAAUGAAAGGGCAUAUGGCAGAUUAGCAACCUCUGUGAGAAACCUAGCUCCAGAAUUUUCACCUGAUAAUGAAACAGAGUAACAGUGCAGUUGUGAUGUUACCUCUAGGUUCUUGUGGUAAAUUGUUUGAAAACUGUUUCAUUGUAAAUUAAUAAAAACAGUCCAUUUAACCAGUGAUGCAUAUUUGAUUAAAGCCCACAGUUAAUGUCAAAAAUAAAAUGCAGUUAUGAAUUCAUAAAUAAGAAUAACAUUUCUCCCUUUCAUGACAUUAGCACACAGGUGACAUAAAUUUUCUUUCACAUUGGAGAUGAAUUUUAAAUCAGGUUCAAAAUGAGAAACGAGAGUACAUAUUUACUCUAUUUCUUUCUUUAAAUUUGUGACACUUUAGGCAAACUGAGAACUCAGAGGGUACAAAGUCCAAACAAUGUUGCCUUUCUUUCUGACACCAGUUAUAACAAACUUGCCAAACAGCAAGGGGGGAGGGUUCCCAAAACCAUCCCAAGGUUCAGUAAUUCACUAGAAAACUCACAGAACUCACUGAAAGCUGUUAUACUUACGGUUACAAUUUAUUACAGGGAAAGGAUACACAUUAAAAUCAGACAAAGGAAGAAAAGAAGCCUGUAGGGCAGAGGCCAGGAAAGAUACCAAACACUGAGCAUCUAUUGUCCUCUCCCCACGGAAUCAUGGCUUACUUUCUCAGCAUUGCUUUCUCAGCACUGAUGGGUGAUUGUAUGAAUGGAGUAUUCCGAGAGGAAAACUCACUUGAGCCCUUGGGGUCCAGAAUUUUUAUUGGGGUUGGAGCACAUAUUGCCCACAUGGCUGACCUUUAGUCUCCAUUCCUUUCCACAACUGACACCACAUGGCCCUAUGCCCCAUGCCAGUUUGAAUGUAUUAUGUCCCCCAAAACACCAUUAUCUUUGAUGCAGUCUUGUGUGGGCAGACAUUGUUGUUGAUUAGAUUGUAAUUCUUUUGAGUGUUUCCAUGGAGAUGCAACCCACCC